AUGGAGUUUCUUCUUCUUUCCCGCUUCCUGUGGCUCCUGAUCGCCGCCCCGGCGGCAAUUGUCGCCCUCUCUCCUUCGGCACCGCCGGGGCUGGCGCCCCUAACAGGUCACUCGCCUUCCUUCAGCCAGACGAGGCGCUCAACGGCCCGCAGAGAAUCCAGCGUUUUUUUCCCUCGUGGCGAUGCUUCGAAUGUCUUCGCCUUUCUCUCUCCUGCCAGCCACGCGGCACUGAGCCCCAGUCUGCCGACUCCCAUACCCGCUGCCCGCGGCUCGUUUCUGGCGCCCGACGCACAUUUUGAAGCGGAGCCUUCUCCGUCUCCUCAGUCUCGCUCUCCUUCUCGUGCGUCUUCUCACGGCUCCCUCACAUCGCGCCCGCAUUCCCGUCAGGAAUCGAGUGCGACUUCCUCUGCCGCCUGGGGGCGUCGCUCGUUUUCGGCCGCCCAUCAUCCCCUGCAGUCUUCUCUUUCUCCUGCUGCUGCCUUUUCGUCUGCUUGCCACGCGUCUCCCUCUGACUCGGCUUCGGCGUCUCCUUCUCCCUCCUCCCCUCUUUGUUCGCCUUCUUCCCCUCCCUCUUCUCCGUCCUCUCGUCAUACGUCUGCUCCUGCAUCCUCUUCGCGAUGUCCUCUCAGUUCAGAGUAUUCUGUUCGGCUGGCGAAGGCGUCCUCGCUGCUUCGGCAGCUCGCGCUGACUCCGUUCCCGCCAACAUCAUCUCUCCUGUCUCUGAUUCCGUCCGCCUUGUCCUCUCCGUCUUCGCUGCACAGGCGCUUUCGAAGUCUCCCUCCGGGCUCUGCAGCCUCUCCACAGGAAGUGUUUUCUGUCGCCGGGCGCGUUCAGAGCAUCCGUAACGGCGGCAUGUUCAUCGACCUUUGGAAUCCCGCGGACGAGGCCAAACUCCAGCUCUUUGUCUCCCUAAACUCUCCUUCUUCUGCUUCGCCUCAGAAUCGCCCCUCAGCCGGAUCGCCGCGGGGCGAAGUCCCCUCCGUCGACCUCCUUCCGUUCCUAGAUCUUGGCGACUUCCUUCUGGCGAGAGGGACGCUGCGCAGGACCUCCAAGGGGGAGCUGACGCUGCACGUCGAGCGCUGCGGCGGCCUGCAUCUCGUCGCGAAGCGUCUCCUUCCUCUCGACCUCUCGCUCUCUCUCUCGUCGACCCUCCCGGCCGCCUCCUCCGCCUCCUCGCCAACCGCGGCGGCUCAACACGCCGCCCCACAGCGACCGCGAAACCCCAAACGCCGAGGCGACCAGUCGUCGUCGACUGUCUCGGCGCCGGCGGUGCUCGAAGCGCUGCGAGGCGCUCGCGCGUCUCCGCCCUCUUCUGCUGGGCCGUCGCGCCGCCCUGCGGGCCUCGCGCGCGCCUCCGAGGGGACACCCGGCGCUGCGUCUCUCUCUCCGUGGACCGUUGCGCACCCAGCCAGUGCGGUGUGCGGCGCGUUUUCCUCUCUGCCGUCGCCGCAGCGCGACGCGCAGCUCCUGCACACGAGUCGGCUGCGCGAGACUCUCCGCCUGCGGUCGCUCAUCGUCCACACUGUGCGGCAGAAACUGAUCGCCGAGGAUUUCCUCGAAGUUGACACAGCCGUGCUCCAACCUGCCGCCGCAGCCAGCUCGCCGAGAGAGAAGUCGCACACAGGUCUCCGGGGUGCGGGCGCGCGCGAACCGCCGCGCACAGAGGAGACGCCGAACGACGCAGCGGACUUCGCCGACGCGGCAGAAGUGCGAGGCGAAGGACGCCCAGAGAGCGGCGCAGAGAGCGACGCACACAGGGGGAGCGAAGGAUCCCCGACGGGGGAGAAGGCCGCGCCGACAGCCAGGCUCUUCGACUCCUACCUCCACGCGCUUGACAUGCCUGUGCAGCUCAGAGUGGCUCCCGAGCUCGCGCUGAAGCGCCUGGUCGUCAGCGGGAUAUCAGACAAAAUCUUCGAGAUCGGGCGCUGUUUCCGCAACGAGGGCAUUUCGUGGAGACACCAGCCUGAGUUUCUCUCCAUGGAGGCGUACGCCACGUUUUGGACUUACGAAGACAUGAUCGCGCUAACAGAAGAGGUCGUCCGGCUUUGCGCGGCUCAGGUUGUGUCGCUCAAGGCGAGUAGCCCCUACCGUGAUGCGGAGCCGCCCGCCCCCUCCGCUGCUCGCCAAAAUUCGCUCCUCUCCUCGCUUCUCUCGUUUGUUCCGUGGAGCCGGCGGAAGCCGCAGAGAUGCGCCAGCCGCGUGACCGGCAGAGACACGCGCGGCACGAGCAACGCGAGCGCGGCAGGCGAGUGGGACUCGCCCAGCCCCGGCGUCCGCAUUUCCUGGCAAGGCCAAGAAAUCGAUCUCUCUGCGCCGUGGAGGCGGCUGACUAUGGUUGAGGCUCUCCGCGAAUACGCCGGGAUCGACUUCGAGCGCCUGUCGCACGCAGAGGCCGUCAGAGAAGUUGAGUGGCGGCUCGAAAGGAAGCAAAAGGACGGCGAAAUGAACGGCCGCAGUUCCUCGCCUUCUUUCGCGUCUCUGGCGUCUGACGGGUCCCAGGAGAGAGGCGACUUCAGCGAAGCGUCAGACAGCAAGAAUUCAGGCCCGAAAACUCUGCGACCUGAAUGCUACGCCUCUGUGGAGGAACUCAUGGAUUUUGCUUUCAAGGAAUGGGUGGAGAAGCGACUUGUUCAGCCCACGCACAUUCUUCACACGCCGCUCGCGCUCUCUCCUCUGGCGGCCGAGAAACGCACCGAUCCGGAGGCGCGAGCGCGCCCGAAGAUCCCAGUCGCUGAGAGAUUCGAGGCAUACAUUGGAGGCAUGGAGAUAGCUGACGGUUACUCGGAGCUGACAGAUCCGCUUGAGCAGCUGCAGCGAUUCAGCGUUCAAGCCCAAACUCUACGCAACAGGGGGGAGGGCAAGGCGCAGCGGCAUCUCGAGGCGCCGGAAGAGAACGAGAGCGAAAAAGCCAACCGACUCAUUCCCAAUCAGGAAUUCAUUGCGGCCCUGAUGCUCGGUCUGCCACCUACCGCUGGAUUGGGAAUAGGCCUCGAUCGUUUGGUCAUGCUGCUAACUGACUCACCACUGAUCCGAGAUGUCGUUCACAUGCCUCUCCGGAAGAGCGUGUUUUGA